AUGCAAAGUCUUGAUUUGCGCGGGGUUACUUAUCGUAUAGGUGACUAUGCUUAUUUCAGGCCUUCUCUAUCAGAGGUAACCCAGUACCAAAUCGGCCGUAUUACCAGGAUAUCAAGAGUUCCUCCAAAGUUGAGUGAUGACACUGUCUCUGCUUCUAGUUCGUUUACUGCUCCUAAACAAAAGAUAUUAGACUGUGGAACUUCUGACAUUAACUUUUCUUCUAUUGAAGAGCCUAUUGAUUCGAGUCCAGGCAAAGCACUAGAUUCCGAAUCCCAGACUAAUAACUUACCCCGACCUGUUAAUCAAGAAUCAGUCUCCACUGAAACCAGGGUUGGUUCGGGUGAAAGUUGCGACGCCGGCAUCGCGGAGUCUACCCACCGAGAAGCAACAGAAUCCGGUGGUCAGGUAGUAGAACGAGAACAAUCUGGUUCAUCUGUUAGCCCAACUGCUGGUAUCCCAUCAGAAGCAAUAAUUGCCUCCCAGGGAGUUGUUACAGAGGCAUCAGCGAAAGAAAAUGAGCAGGGUGAGAUUCAAGUGCGCCUUUCGCUUUACUGGCGGCCAAGCGAAGCCAAACCU